GUGAUGGGUGCAGUAGGUGAAGUGGUUGGCAGCUUCUCUCACGGCUUGGAGAGCUUUGCGCAUGGUUCUCAUUUCGUCCUCACGCUCCCUGGCGACUCCGGUGCUCUGAUGAACGAGCACCUCGUUUCCGCCGAGCGCCUGUCGCGCAGCACUUCACCGGACCUGACGCAUCUCAAAGGGAUCCUUCGCCGACGACAGCUCUACUGCAGGACCGGCUACCACCUCGAGAUAUUACCGGACGGUAUGGUGCAAGGCACGAGAAAAGACCACAGCAGAUUUGGUAUAUUGGAAUUCAUUAGCCUCGCUGUGGGGAUGGUGAGCAUCCGUGGAGUGGAUAGCGGAUUAUAUCUGGGAAUGAACAGCAAGGGUGAACUGUAUGGAUCUGAAAAGCUGACAGCAGAGUGUGUGUUUAGGGAGCAGUUUGAGGAAAACUGGUACAACACCUACUCCUCUAACCUGUAUCGGCACGGCGAGCGAGGAUCUCACUAUUACGUAGCCCUCAACAAAGACGGAACAUCUCGAGAUGGAGCUCGAUCUCGGAGGCACCAGCGCUUCACACAUUUCUUGCCACGGCCUGUGGAUCCAGAGCGCAUUCCUGAGCUUUACAAGGAGAUACUGGGUCACAGCUGAAACCACUGGACCUCAAACUCAAACCGAUAAAAGGCACCUGCAUGCUCUUAAUCCCUUGCCAGCAGGGCAGACCUGUCUCAACGAGACAGCAGAGGAUCCUGGGGAAGAGAGGCCCUCUUCUGCAGCCAAGGUUGGAGCAUUUGCAGGAGAUGGAAAUCCCUUGAAUGGAGUGUUUGAGACAUCGAGCAUCUGGAACCAAAUGUCUGGACCCUGGAUUGUUCCUAAAGAGUUUGACACUGUAUUGGAUCCAUUUACCUUCUGUAUGUAGGGCACAGGGGAUUUUGGAUUAGGAGAGAGCAAAAUUUCCACUGGCGGACUGCUUGCCAGAGAAUGAAAGACAACUACUCUACUACUGAAAAUUCUAGAAGGCUUCUGAAGGAAUUCUGCUUUAUGCUUUUGAGAUUUAAUACUCUUCCAAACACUGGCAUGGACAAGCAGGAGACAUAAACCUCCUCCAAAACAUUUCUCUUUAGGUCCUUUAAUUUAAGUUUUUUAAAGAUAAUUUAUUUUAUAUAUUUAUUUAUUUUUAAAGUAUAUUUUCACAAGGAUAUAUGCAAGCUGUAACAGGAUGCAAUGAGAGCUUUAUUUUCUACCACUAUAGACUGACAGUGACUUCUAAAUCUAGAACUACUGAAGAAAGUAUUUUCUUAUGAGUUGUUAAUUUUCAGUUGUAUCAGAGUUUUUUUUUAAGGUGGUAAGACAUGCUGGGUCUCUCCCUGUUUGUUUAUCUCUCAUGUCAUUAAACCAGAUCCUUAAGAGCCUAAGAAUGUUCCAGAAUUC